GGAAGAUAAGAGGCUGGAAGGACAGCGUGUGUGAUGUAACUAUGUACGGACGUACAGUACCGGGAGUGCCAACCAGGGGCAGGGACAGGGGCUCAAGUGAAGCCCCCCCCCCCAGAAAAGCACCGCCCGCCAAGAAUGAUGAACGGCGUUCCCAGAUCGGGGGGAAUUGCUCAGUGCUCAAGUGGUUUGGGGCUUGCCACUUUUCUGCGAGUGACAUGACCGGAAUCCGGGCCGUCUCGCAAUGCCGUUUUGUCCGUCUGCUGCUUCUGGGCAUCGCGAGAUGGGCAAGCGUUGAACCGAUCGGCGACUGGGAUCCGAAGGAGGAGCCAGUGUCCUGUGCACAAACGCUUCUUGGGAAAACCGGUCGUCAGAACGGCGUCGUGCCCAAUAGCCUCAAUUGCAAUGGCCAGCCGCGCUGCGUUUCCUUCUUGUUGUUCUGGAAGUUCGGUCACCGUCUCUUUCGACCCAUUCAGCGAGAACAGGCGACGCAGGGCGGGUUGCUUGGAUGCAACACUGGCUUUUUUUCGCCUGGGAUCCCGCGGGCGCCCAGACUUGGCCGCGCGGGAACAAGACGACGCCCGCUCUCGACCAGUCAGCGAUCAGCAGUGAGAGCCCCUCGACGACGGAGCCAGCGCCGCCUCAACUCGAGCGGUGGCCAGAGCGGAGCCUGCAAAGCCCAAGUUAGAUUCAGAGAUUACCUCGCAGGUUACUUGUUGGGCUGAGGUUCACCACUUCCAG